AUGGCAACUUCACAGCAAAUAUCGACCUCCCCUUCUAAAUCUUUGGCUUCAACAUCUAGAUCAACGAAACCUAUAACGCUUACUUUACCUCGUAAGGGUCGAACUAAAGGUACAGGUGGAAAAAAAGCUGAUCCUUUGGAUAUCGAAAUCAGGCAACUUGAUGGAGAUAUGAAAACAUUAGUAUAUGAAAAUUAUAACAAGUUUAUUAGUGCUACUGAUACCAUAAGAAAGAUGAAAAGUAAUGUUGAAAGUAUGGAAUCUGAAAUGGAUCAGCUUUCAAAAAGUAUUUCCAACAUCUCAAAUGUUACAUCAUUGGUAAAUUCUGCUCUGGGUCCAAAGCGAGAAAAGAUUCGUCAAUUAACAGGUGUUCAUGAUUUAUUAAAAAAGUCCUACGCCCAGGCUGUAAGAUAUUAUGCAAAAACAUCACGUCUUUUAGAAUAUUAUAGAAGCUUGUCUGUAUUCAGUUCAAUUGAGAGCGAGUGCAAAGAGAUUAUUGACAAAGUUUCCAAGAAAAUUAGAGAAAAAAUGACUGAUGAAAAU